AUGGCUGAAAUUGGCUCUCCGGGCACGAGAACUCGAGGUAUAGAAAAUAUAAUAGAUGCUCCUAGUUUCUCUUUGGGAUUCACUCAACAAGAAAACCCCAUUGCAGGAGGGUCAUCUUAUGCUAAGAUGCAUAGCAAAAAAAUCAAUGAUCCAAGAAGGAACAAACAACAUCAUGAUUCUCAUGAUGAUAAAGAAACAAAGAGGAAACAGUCAGCACCAGAUAAGAAAGUUUCUCAAGUGCCGCUACAGAAGAAGAGAAAGGUUGCCAAGAAUGUUCCUGGAGGCAAGGGCAAAAAAGUAGUUCGGAAGAAACCUUCAAUUGAUGUAGAAGACGUUGGAGAGGAUUCUAGAUUUUUGGUCACGAAGCAACCUGCCGUGGCCCCAUCUAUGCAAGGAUACACGAACGUUAAUGUAAUCAGUGACAUUAGGGCUAAACUAAAGGGGGCUGGUCAGAUGGACAAGUUUGCAGACUCUAUUUUUGGGAAAUAUCUCAGAAUGCAGCAUAUGGAUGUACAAGCACAGUUGUUCAGCAUUAGAGAAUUUUCACUAAUCACUGGAUUGAAUUGUGUCUCCGACGCAAAUGAGUUUGUAUACGAUAAGGCGGAAAAAAAUAGGCUUAUGGAUGAUUAUUUGGGUGGAACAUCUGAUCACAUCAAAAGGGGGCAGCUGAUUGAGUGUUUCAACAAUACAGAUUGGGAGGACAAAGGCGAGGACGCAGUAAAGAUGGCCAAAUUGUAUUUUAUAAAUACUUUCGUAUUCUGCGGUGAGCCUGUUCGAUCGAACAUACCUAGGAUACAUUUUGACGUUGUAGAGGAUGGGAGAUAUGUUGAUUAUCCUUGGGGCAAAGAGUCCUUCAAAGAGUUGGUUACAAGCAUCAGUCAGAAAUAUGCCGAUUUCAAGCAAUAUUAUAGGAUUCACGGAAUGCCAAUUGCCAUGCAAGUUUGGCUGUAUGAAUCUUGUUCAAAAGUCCCAUCAAAUAUUGCAAUUAAGUCGGGGAAUUUAAUUCCAAGAAUAUUGAAUUGGCGGACUGUUGAUCAAAGACCAAAAUUUGAUGCUUUGAUGGAAGGCAUGUUUAGAGAUGACAUUCACUCGAUUUGUACUUUUCAUGAUGUUGUUCCAACCACUGCUGAGUUGGAACGACUUAAUUUGCCUCCUGUUGUUUCACAAGCUAUCCCCAACUUAACACAUGGAGUUGAAGUUGCUGAAGGCAACGAGAUGGUUGAUGAUGAAUAUGAUGACUUCAGUACCACACCACCACACAAUGUAAGGGGUAAACAGCAACAGCGGUCUGCCGUAUCUGAUUCACCGCCUCAUAAGAAACGCAGACCGGUUUCAGUUACAGAUUCUACUGUUAGGAAACAACCAGCCCGGAACGAACCACUCAGAGCAUCGAAGGACGCUUCGACAUCAACGCAUCGUGUUGUCCAAACAGCCACCAAAUCCGAUGAGGUGAAACUGCUCAGACAGGAGUUUCAAGCUUUUAAGAACGAUGUAUCUGCUCAGUUUACUGAGAUUAACAAGUCCAUGGAUGAUAUUCGCAAGUCCGUGGAUGAUAUUCGCAAGUGCAUCGAUGACAAAUUCAAAAUGGUUGUUGAGGCAAUAAAGGGAAAUCAAACCUCAGAAAAGGCUGCCGAUAGCGAAGCUCCAGUAAAUCAAUACGAGGUUGACAUACAAUACUCGCAUGAAUUCAAUCAAGAACAACAAUAUGCCAAAGAGACAUCAACUGUCAAAGUUGGUAUGGAUGAAAAUAAGUUGGCAGGCACAAUGUUAACUGGCGAUGUUUCUGGUGUUGGAAUGCUCCGAAGUACACAAAGUGGGGAUACUUUAAGGGCUUCAACUGAAGAGAUUCAAGGUAGCGGUGAAACACCCCCGAAACCAACACAACCACAGGGCGAGGCAGUCAUUGUGCAUACACAUGUGUCCGAUCCGGCAGUGCAACAAGGUGGGGUAAAUGAUGAUGCAAAAUUUAGUGCAUCAGAGCAAAUGGUAGCAGAGUUGCUAAUCCAAUGUCCUCUUGCCACCGUGAUUCCUCUUGGUCCCCCUGCAAUACAAGUUAAUGAUCAAGCUGAUGCCUACAUGUUUAAGACCCCUCAGAGCAGCAAAGUUGAGAACGUUGUACCAAAUUCUCAAUGGUUAAUUCCUGAUGAUGAAUUACCCAGCCAACUUGGAGUACAACCAACAACGGGGCAAGGUUUAGCUGCUGAAAUAGCACAACCUUCAAUCGAAAAUACUGAACGCCGAAUGAUUGUCCACCCUAGCGUUGUGCGAGAUAGGAAACCCAGCAAAUACACUGUGUCCCCUUUCAUGCCAAAUUACAGCUCAGCAAGUUCUUCUGCAAGGUCUUCUGUCCCUAUCAAAUUUGAGAAGAAGCACCCCUUUGUAGAACAUCCAAUAAAUGCCCCUGCAGACAUGGCGUAUUUUCAAGAAUAUGAAAUUUGGCUCAAGAAGGGUCUGUUAUCAAGGCAUGAUAAAAAAAGAGACAAGGAAAACCACUAUAGAAAAAACAAGGAAUUAGUGGAUCCUAAUGAUGCAGAUAUGUCACUCAAGUUAGGCGUCACACUUUUUAAAGACAAAAAUUGGUUCUACUUGUUAUCAAUGGAAGGGAGACUUUGGAAUGAUGAGCAUCUUGAUGUUAUUUUUUACUACCUCCGUAAGAAAGGCAAAUAUGAAGAUAACAGCACAUACAAAUAUACCACCGUCAGCUGUAUACUACAUACCAUAAUCACAGAGAUUUACCAUGCUUGGAAAAAUCCGGAAUCAUCCACAAGUGUUGUUAGCAAGGAAUCUGACGUAUGUGAGUACAUAAAUGGGUACAGGUUGAUGGGUAAUGUACCAUGGCAUACAAUUGACAACAUAUUAAUCCCUGUCAAUGUGAAAGAGGAAAAUCACUGGAUUUUAGUGGUUAUAUCAUUCAUUGACAGGUGUGUAUUUGUUAUUAAACAUACGCAAUAG